AUGAGUCUGGUAAAUAUGUACAUGUAUUUUAGAAGCCAUUUGCUUAAAAAAAUAUCAGAACAAGAAAGGCUUGUAGAGCUCGUUUGCGAUUUAAAAUUGGAAGAUAAAUAUCCGUCUUUUCUUUUAAAUGAAAUGAAACAAUUGACGGAUUAUAAGUUAUCAGAACUGAACAUACAACGUUUGUGGUUACAAAAGUUACCACCGCAGAUACGGAAUUUACUAUUAUUAUCUUCAGAUUCUUUAAGUUCCCUAUCAUUGUUGGCGGACAACAUUAAGGAUCUACAGUGUUUACCGGAAGUUCAAUUACCAAAGGAAGCUGCUCAUCAAUAUGAACAGCACGAACAUGGAUCGGACAACUCGGAUGAUCAUUCAACAGAAAAUGCACAAGUUAUCAACAACGUAAAUUCAAUUCAAGAAGAAAAAAAAGCGACUUGUUUAGAUAAUUUUUGCAAAUGCGUCUAA